AUGGAAGUCCCUAAUAUAACUGAUCCUGAUAAAACGUUGGUUGAUAAUGAAAACCAUCAUGACACUGCCAGUGUCCUAAUUAAAACUAAUGAGGUGCUAUGUAAUGAAUUUAAUUUUAAAACAGAUCACUUAUCUGCAAAAAACUUAAGGCCUGAGAUUACUAAAUUAAAAUUGUUUUUAAAUGAAUUAACUAAAAAAGAACAGCAAUUAAAACAAUGUUUAAAAAUUAUUAGAGAAUAUAAAAAGGAAGAGGAAGUUACGAUGUUAACCCAGAAGUGGUAUCAAGUCAUUCAAUGCGAACUAAAUUAUUUGAUGAAUUCAACGCUUUUAAAAUUUGACAAAAUGGGAGGAUAUGAUGAGUUCAUCAAACGUGAAGUUGAAUUUGAAAAACAAAAACUAGAAUAUCAAUUCGAUGAUUCGUGGGAUGACCAAUACAAAACCAUCACUGAAUCUGAAGAUUUCCAAGCGUUAAGCAUUCAAGAACAAGAUGACUAUAAAGAAGAGAUUGAAAAUAAAAAGCUUGAAUUAGAAAAUCUAAAAAUGAAAAAAAUAGAGGAAAUAGAAUCAAAGUUGGUAAAUCGUAAAGAGUUUGAUAUGAAAGAGCUAUGUAAAAUGUUAAAUGUUGAUCAUGAUUAUGUGUUUAAUUACCCAAAUAACAAGGGUACAAUAAAUAAAUAA